AUGGAAUCACUUAAGGCGGUCUUCUUCGGGCCGGAUCCCGAGGCCCAGAAAAGGAAAUGUAAUACCCUCAUUCGCCAAAACACAAGACAGCUAGAACGCGACCUCGUCCAGCUGAGAGCCUUGGACAACAAGACCCGCAAGCACAUUACCAGCGCGUCCCGGCGGGCGCAAUACAACCCGUCGCAGGCCAAACAAGCGAUGAGCGAGGCCAAGACAUUUGCCAGGGAACUCAUACGAAUUCGGAAACAGAUAUCCCGUCUAUCUACGAGUCAGGCCCAGUUGCAAAGUGUGGGCAUGCAGGUCAAUGAGGCCUUUUCGGUGCGCAAGAUCCAGGGCAGUCUCAAGAAGUCCACUGGGAUCAUGAAGGACGUGAACACUUUGGUACGAAUGCCGGAACUCACCUCUACCAUGCACCAGCUCUCAACGGAGCUUGUCAGGGCGGGAAUCAUCGAAGAAUAUGUGGACGAGGCUCUACCCGAUGAUUCUUUGCUUGAAGAUGAAUUGGACGAGGCGGAAGAGGAAGUGGACAAGAUUCUGCAGGAAAUUCUGCAGGGCAAGCUUUCGCAGGCCCCUGCAAAGCCUGUCGCUCAACCCGUGGACCAAACUCCCGUUGCCGCUGAGGCUGAGGACGAGUUCGAGGACCAAGAGGCGACCCUCGAACAGAUGCGCGACCGUCUAGAGCUUCUCAAGAGCUAG